AUGGUUAAAGAAGAGGAUCGGAGGAACUAUACCAAAAUACAUAACCUUCGUCACUUGAGUGACAUGUACAAACUUAUGCCUUUGAUCGACUGGUCACGUUUUUUCCUCGCCUUUGCUCCGCCUGCUUCUCAUGAAUACCUCAGAUCAGAUCCAGAAAUUCUCAUUGCAGAAGUUGACUAUUUGAGGAGGAUAAGCAAACUUUUGCAAUCAACGGACCCUCGCAUAGUAACAAACUAUGUUUUCAUGCGAUUUUCUUCAAAAUGGGAAGGAGAAAUGGGAGAAAAAUAUGAAGACAUCAAACAGGAACUCGAUAAGGUUGUGUUUGGACAACAGCAGAAAUUACCACGAUGGAAAUAUUGCACUCAACACACUAUGAAACAGAUGGAAUACGCCACUAGUGCGAUUUAUGUAAAAAAUGCAUUUGACCAGGCUUCGAAGAAUGUUACUUUGGAAUUGCUCGAUGACUUGCUUGGCAUAUUCCGAGACAUGCUUAGCACUAGUGAUUGGAUGGAUGAUCAAACUAGAGCUGCAGCUUUGGAAAAGGCAAACCAGAUGCUGCCCCUGAUUGCCUAUCCUGAUUUUAUUUUGGAUGACGAAAUGCUUGACCAGUACUACGACGGUCUGGAAGUGUACGAGAAUGAUUCAUACAGUGAGAUGCUUGAAAAAGUGGAACGAUGGAGAAUUGAUUCUUAUUUCAAAAGACUGACAAGACCUGUAGACCGUUCCGAGUUUCGCACAUUCGAUGGUACUGAUUUCAGCUCUGCCGUAGUGAACGCUUAUUAUACGUGGCCAACUAACGCUAUUAGCGUUCCUGCUGCCUAUCUCCAAGCUCCGCAUUUUCAUCAGACCUUUCCUAGAUCUUUAAAUUACGGAGGACUGGGAACAGUUCUUGGGCAUGAAAUUACGCAUGGUUUCGAUAAUCAAGGAAGUCAGCUUGACGCUGUUGGUAAUCUACGCGAGUGGUGGGACGCGGACGUAAAGAAAAAGUUUGAGGAUCGAGCUCAAUGCAUGAUCAGCCAAUACGGGAACAUAAAGGUUGGCAGGGUCCAUAGUAAUUGA